GUCUCAACUCCUGUCUUCUCUUUUCAGUCUCUGCUAUAAGGCAUUUGUACAUGUUUCUCCUUUGAAACCAGCAGUGUAGUUUUUGUUGUUGGCAAUAGCAUCCAUUCAGGUUUUGUUUUUCCUUUCGAAAAGAGGGUUAAACCCCCAGUCUCUUAGUUUGUUAACAUGGAGGUACCUUACGAGUAUCAGCUGGCAUUGGCUGAUUACUGGGAGGGGAGGCCGACCACGGAACCAAAUGUAUGGGUUCCUGGCCUCCCUUUGCAGAUGACAGUUGCUGCUCCUGCUAGCAACAGUGAUCUGGUGGUCAGCUCUACUGGACAGCAGCAGCUGGUUCAGGAGAGUACUCAUCAUCAGCACGCGGUUGAAGUUGAACUAGUGUUCAAUGAAGUAACACAGUCACUCAAGCAGACGGUGGACAAUAUGGCAAUGAAGAUGCACCUGUUCCCGCCAAACAUGGAAGAUCUGGCCUCGUACAAGGCCCCCAAGGUGGUGUCCAUCGGCCCUUAUCACCACGGCGAGAGCGAAGCCCUCAAGCAGAUGGAGAGCAUCAAGCAUGCGGCCGCCGUCCACUUCAUCGACAACACGGGCUGCUCCAUCCAGGAGGUGUAUGGGGCGGUCUGCGCGGUCGCGGAGGUGGCCCGCGGGCACUACGAGGAGGACAAGAUGCGAACUGCCAGCGACGACGACUUCAAGCACAUGCUGUUCUUUGAUGGCUGUUUCCUGCUGCAGUAUAUGUUGUUUUGGUGCAGAAGAGUAAACGAAGACGAUGAUGACGAGACCACCGUGGAUGUGGACCCGUCGUUGCAUAGUGUUUUCAGCUCCAACGACAGCCGCAUCUUCUGUGACGUCGUGCUGCUUGAGAACCAACUCCCCUGGGUGGUGGUUGACACGCUCAAAAGGUUCAUGCGCACGCCCCCGACCAUGGAGUUGUUCGUUCGACGCGUUAAAAUAGACAAAAUGCAUACCCGCCAAGAGCUUGAAUUUGUUCUUGCUCCACUACCUAACUACACACCGCCGCAUCUCCUUGGCCUCCUACGAUACCACAUUGUAGGAAAUACUAAAGUGCCCGAGCCCAGCCCCUUAUCUGACAAGGUCAAGGAAGUAUCAUGGUCUGUCGGCGUCAUUGAACUUGCAGAGAUUGGCAUUGAGGUCACACCCAACGAUAUUAAAGAAGACCUAAAGAAGAUGUACAUCGACAGAGGGUGCUUCACCGGCGAGCUCAGGUUGGCGUCGGUGUCCCUAGGCAACGCAACCGCAACCUUCCUCGUCAACAUGGCGGUUUUCGAGAUGUGCACGACCCCUGAUUUUGAUCAAGAUGAUGAUGAAAUGUCUACUGUCUGCUCGUACCUCUGGCUCCUGGGCAUGGUUACGGACAGCGUGAGUGAUGUGCAGGAGCUACGAAACAAGCAUAUCUUGGAAGGAGGAGCAGGGCUCACCAACGAGGACGUGCUCAAGUUGUUCACCGGGGUCGAGAAGCACCUGCGGAUCGGGAGACGCUAUUACAAGACCAUUGUAGACAUUGCAAACUACAGGUACGCUAGGCGGCCGUGGAUCAUGUUCUACAGGUUCGGUUACCGGAACCGCACAACCAUCAUCACGGUGAUCACCACCAUUGUUGGAGCCGCGGGUUUCCUUGCGACGCUCAAGUCUUUCCGGUAAUCAAGCUAGCUACACCUUCUCUCCUGCCAUGGCGAGCGUGUGUUGUAGUAUCUUGUAUCUUGCUGUUCCCUUUCCUUGCUACAACUAAUCAGUUCCCUGUAUGUGA